AGCUGCCCUGUCCUAUAAGCGCCCUGGUGGCCAAGCGCGCGAGGUGCCACACCCCGCCCGGUGUCUCCUGGGAUGUGAGGAGGAAGUGGCGGCCCAGUCAGACGGGCCUGUGGAGCUGCCGCCAGCUCAGGCGGGGUGAGCUGAGCGCGCUGGUGCGGCAACUCGGCGCCCGGAGAAGCUGGGCAGCAGGGGAAGUCCGGCCCCGCCAGCCCCCCAGGAGCCCUGAGCUGGAAGCAGGAGAUGCGCGUGCGGAGGGGUGGGCAGAGGCGCCUGGGCGCGAGGAAUAAUCUUCUUGAUUUGCCAGGAUGACCAGUCAAAAGAAAAGAAAAGAUAUGGAACCUGCCUGUACUUGGAGUUUAUUAUCUGAACAGAAAGCUGCUUCAAAUUCUCAGUCUCCAUCUUCAUGGAAAGAAUUCAGAGAUUACCAGGAAAUGUUUAGAAAACAUCUAAAAGAAAAAUACCUAAACAUAGGAGCCCAUAAAUGUUAUCACCAUGGCAAACAUAUAGAGUCACGACUGCUUGUUGUAAAAGAACAUGGUAUAUCAGAAAAGACACCGUGUGGGAUUCCUCAACAAGAUAAUUUUAUUGAUAUGGAACACGUAUUUGAUCCUGAUGAAGAGGGCUCCAGCUCAUCCCAAACUGUGGUGCUUCAGGGAUGUGCGGGGAUUGGAAAAACAGCUGUAGUGCACAAGUUCAUGUAUGACUGGGCAGCAGGAAUGGUUACUCCAGGCAGGUUUGACUAUCUCAUCUAUGUAAACUGCAGAGAAAUAAACAGUAUUGCUAACCUUAGUGCCGCUGACCUGAUCACUAACACUUUCCAAGAUAUAGAUGGACCAAUCCUGGACGUUAUUCCUAUGUAUCCAGAGAAGCUUCUGUUCAUUCUUGAUGGAUUUCCUGAGCUUCAGUGCCCUGUAGAUAACCAGGAAGAGGAUCUUAGUGCUAAUCCCCAGGAGAAGAAGCCAGUAGAGACCCUCUUAUGUAGUUUUGUGAGGAAAAAACUGUUCCCUGAAUCUUCCCUGCUGAUAACUGCCCGGCCUACAACCAUGAAGAAGCUCCACUCUCUGUUAAAACAACAUAUCCAGGCAGAGAUUGUAUGGUUUACAGAUGCUGAAAAGAGAGCAUAUUUCUUGAGUCAGUUUUCAGGUGCUACUGUAGCAAUGAAGGUCUUUUAUGAGCUGCAACAAAAUGAAAGCCUUGACAUUAUGUCGUCUCUUCCCAUCAUCUCCUGGAUGAUCUGCAGGGUCCUGCAGUCACAGGGAGAUGGCGACAGGACUCUUAUGAGGUCACUUCAGACCGUGACUGAUGUGUAUCUGUUUUACUUCUCCAAGUGCCUUAAAACCCUUACAGGCAUCUCAGUGUGGAAGGGACAGAGUUGCCUGUGGGGCCUUUGCUCUUUGGCUGCAGAUGGACUGCAGAACCAGCAGGUCCUAUUUGAAGUCAGUGACCUCAGGAGACAUGGGAUAGGAAUAUAUGAUAUGAAUUGCACUUUUCUAAAUCACUUUUUGAAAAAAGUUAAAGGAAGUGCCAGUGUCUACACUUUCCUUCACUUCAGUUUCCAAGAGUUCUUGACUGCUGUGUUCUAUGUCCUGAAGAAUGAUAGCAACUGGAUGUUUUUUGGUCAAGUGGGAAAAACGUGGCAAGAAAUAUUCCAACAAUAUGGAAAAGGGUUUUCAUCACUAACGAUACAGUUCUUAUUUGGCCUCUUACAUAAAGGAAAGGGAAAGGCUGUGGAAACUAUUUUUGGAAGAAAAAUCUCUCCAGGACUUCGAGAAGAGUUAUUGAAGUGGACUGAGAAAGAAAUAAAGGAUAAAUCUUCUAGGUUACAGAUUGAGCCAAUGGACUUGUUUCAUUGUUUGUAUGAGAUUCAGGAAGAGGAAUAUACAAAAGGGAUAAUUGAUGAUUUACAGUCAAUUAUAUUGCUUCAACCUACCUAUACAAAAAUGGACAUUCUGGCUAUGUCAUUCUGUGUAAAAAGCAGUCACAAUCACCUGUCAGUGUCCCUGAAAUGUCAGCACCUACUUGGAUUUGAGGAGGAAGAGCGAGCCUCUGCAUUCAUACCACCAGCUUCGGCACUUAAUCAGUCCUCACAGCUGUGCAAUCUGCCAGCAUCUCGGCUACAAUUGCUCUGCCAAGCACUGUGUAAUCCAUACUGUAAAAUCAAAGACCUGAAACUGAUUUUCUGCCACCUCACAGCUUCUUGUGGUAAGGACCUCUCUUUAGUAUUUGAAACUAACCAGUAUUUGACAGAUUUGGAGUUUGUAAAAAAUACCCUGGAAGAUUCAGGAAUGAAGCUUCUGUGUGAAGGAUUAAGAAAGCCAAACUGUGUCUUACAGACAUUGAGAUUGUACCGAUGCCUUCUCUCUCCUGCUUCUUGUGGGGCACUGGCAGCUGUUCUUAGCACCAGCCAGUGGCUCACUGAUCUGGAAUUCAGUGAAACAAAAUUGGACGCUUUGGCUUUGAAAUUGCUUUGUGAAGGCUUAAAAGACCCGAAUUGCAAAUUACAGAAGCUCAAGUUGUGUGCUAGCUUUCUCCCUGAAAGCUCUGAGGUUGUUUGCAAGUACCUUGCCUCUGUUCUCAUUUGCAAUCCAAACCUCACUGAACUGGACCUGAGUGAAAAUCCCCUGGGAGACACAGGGGUGAAGUAUCUUUGUGAGGGUCUCAGACAUUCCAACUGUAAAGUGGAGAAACUAGACUUGAGCACAUGUUGCCUAACAGAUGCUAGCUGUAUGGAGCUUUCUUCCUUCUUGCAAGUGAGUCAGACGUUAAAAGAGCUAUUUGUGUUUGCCAAUACCCUAGGGGACACAGGAGUACAGCAUCUUUGUGAAGGUCUGCAGCAUACGAAGGGUAUUCUCGAGAAUCUCGUGCUUUCUGAAUGUUCCCUUUCUGCAGCUUGUUGUGAGUCCCUUUCCCAAGUCCUGAGCUCCAGCCGGAGCCUGACAAGGCUGCUUCUGAUUAAUAACAAAAUUGAAGAUUUGGGACUGAAAUUGCUGUGUGAAGGAUUAAAACAGCCUGACUGUCCAUUAAAGGAUCUGGCACUAUGGACCUGCCACCUGACUGGAGAGUGUUGUCAGGAUUUGUGCAAUGCACUCUACACCAAUGAGUACCUAAGAGACCUUGACCUCAGUGAUAAUGCUUUAGGGGACGAGGGUAUGCAGGUGCUGUGUGAAGGGCUGAAACAACCCUCCUGCAAACUGCAGACUUUGUGGUUAGCAGAAUGUCAUCUCACAGAUGCGUGCUGUGGAGCCCUUGCCUCUGUCCUCAGCAGAAACGAGAACCUAACAUUGCUAGACCUAAGCGGAAAUGACCUCAAGGAUUUUGGAGUGCAAAUGCUCUGUGAUGCACUGCUUCAGCCAAUAUGUAAACUACAGACAUUCUACAUUGACACGGAUCAUUUACAUGAAGAAACAUUCAGAAAGAUGGAAGCUUUAAAAAUGAGCAAGCCUGGAAUCACCUGGUAGUUUCUAAGGAGAGCUCCCGAAUCAGCUGCAUAUAGACCCCCCUCCAUCUGGCACCAUCUUUAACAGUUGUGCAAUAUUCUUAUUCUAAUCCUGUUAACCUUUGCUGAGGACCCUAGUGUGAAGUGAGUAGCAGUGGUUGCUAUUUCUUACAUAGAAUUAUCCACUAAAUAGAAUGUGAAAGGCAGAAGCACUUAGUUCAAAUGUCUUCAGCAAUAACAUCUUAUGUUCAUAUGUUGUGUUAUAAAAUUUACUACAUUUUCACAGAAACCCUCAAAGGUGGAAAGAUGAGGCUCAGAGAGGUUGUGACUAGCUGUAGGUCACACAGCUCCAUAGAGAAUUGGGACUGGAAUCUAGCCAGGCUUUACAAUAUCCAGGCCAGACAGGGAAACAAUAGAAAAAUGAUGUGAAUGAAUCAACUCAAAGAAACAAGAUACUUGAAAUUAUUAAAGGGCAAGAAGGGGUACACAUACAUGUUCUAUUUUAUGGUGCUGAUUUUAAGUAAAAUUAUAAUUCCCAAAAGAAAGAGAGAGGGAUGAGUUGAAUUGAUAGGGAAAGGCUUCCUGGGUAUAACUCAAUGUGGGCCCUGAGAAUGAGCAGUAUUGAGAUGAGGAAGAUCUAUUGGCUAGUGGCUGUAAGACUGCAGGCAACAGAGCUGUUUUUCUGAGCAGCUCUCCAAGAGCACCUAAAGCUCUCCAAAAGUUGACAGUAGCAUUUCUUGAGCUGCAGUAGUAUCUACAUCCUAGGCUCGUGAGGGUGCUCUCCAGUUCCCAGGCUCAGCUCCCUGUCUGAACUUUUAAUCCCUACCCCAUGUGUUUGUUCUUGUUCAUGGACUCCUAUGGGUGACUGAUCCUCAUCCCUGGCAGCAUUCUGCAUAGCCUAGCAUGGAUCCUAUAUGGCCCCAUGUUUCUCUCUCUGCCUAGCUUCCACAGAACACCAGACAAGACAAGUGGAGGGAGGGAACUCCAGGCAAAGAAAAUAGCACAAAGUCCACAAUAUAGGAAUGAAUGUGGUGUGGGAUGGAUAGAAAGAUAGGCUGACCUGAUUAAGGUGUAGAGUUGUCUCUGGAAGCUACUGGACUAGCCCUGUGAUCCUGAAAAGGUUACUUUGACCCUUACAGUUUCUAUUUUCUCAUCUGUAAAAUGGAGAUACAUUGACAUUAACCUUGCAGGGCUGUUGUUCCCAACAUGGUGCCUACCCUCACACAGUAGGUAUUAGAAUGGUAGCUGUUCGUAUUAGUUUAUAAAUGUAAGAACUCAACUGUAUAUUCUUUGAGCUCCCAGAUUUUCCUGCUGUGUGGUCAGUGUUAACUGUGCACUUGAGUGAAAUGCAUGUGCUAGAUAGAGUAAAGCUAGUGGGGGAGAGACACAUAGUGGGAAGUUACUGCAGGUGAGAGAUCCAGCUGCUUCACAUCCUCAUCCAUCAUCACAUGUUGUUCCUUGCGGCCCUGGGAGAUGGUAACUUUCAGUCAGGAGACCAGUUUGGCCUGAGAAGAAUGGUAAAGAUAGCACUUUGUUUCCAGAUUUCUCAGUUUCUCCCCCUUUAGUUAUUUAAGACUUAUGCUAAAUGUUAGCUUUACAGAGAUGAAUAUGCCUUUUCCUAUGCACAUCCCCUGCUAUCUUCUCUGACUGCCGUGGUCCCUCUGUCAGUCUAGAGAACAUCUGAUAAAACUCAGUCACAUUAAGAACUCAAAGAUAGAAUAUUGAAUGGAAGUUUGCAUAACUCUAUGUGUUUGUGUGUGUCCCAGUUAUAUACAAAAGAAUAAGUAUACAUGUAUAUGUAUCUGUCGAGAGUAUGUGUGGAAGAAUGUAUACAAGAAAUACUUAACAGGAGUUAUUUCUGUCAAGAGGAAUUUGACAAACAAGGGCAGUGAGAGAAGAGGAAAGAAACUUUUCAUUUUUAUAUAUAGCCCUCUGUUCUACUUGAUGUUUUUACCAUGUGCAUGUAUUAAUUUUAUAGUUAAUAAACUUGAUGUUAGAAAUAAAACUAACUUA